AUGACAAGUCAAACCGCUUAUAAAGAUCGCAAUUUUAUAGCUGUAAUAGGUGACGAGGACUCAGUUACAGGACUUUUAUUAGCUGGUAUAGGUCACGUCGAAGGUGCUAAAAAGAAUUUUUUAGUUGUUGAUUCUAAAGAAACCUUUAUUGAGUUUACUAAAAGAAAAGAUAUCGCUAUCGUACUUAUUAAUCAACACAUCGCCGAAGAUAUUCGUCAGUUGGUAGAUGAUCAUGAUCAAGCCUUUCCAACUGUAUUAGAAAUUCCAUCUAAAGAUCAUCAAUAUGAUCCGGAAAAAGAUAGCGUUUUGAAACGUGUACAACGUCUUUUUGGAGAAUGA